CAGGAGCCCCGCCGUGUGCUCCUGGAGGAGUCCGGUUCUUCAUCAGCUUCUGCAUUUUCUUUCAGACCAGCUUGCCUGUUGCAAUUUGCAAACCUCGUCAUGUCGAUAGGGCACAUGCAGUCCAGCUUCUUACUUGGUGCAGCACUGCAGAGGACGAAGGUCACACGAACUGGUUGUAGACGACCCAGCAGGCUCUUCGUUCUGACGCUUGGGGCUCUGCUGGUCGUGUCCUGCGGGGCGGCAACUGCUGGAAGCGUCAGCCGCGGCGGCACCCUCGGCGGGGAGGAGGACGGCGCCGACCUGCGCUCCCUCCUCGACUUCAAGCGCGCGAUCACCAACGACCCGCGAGGCGCCCUGAGCGCGUGGAACGCUAGCGCCCACUUCUGCCUCUGGAGCGGCGUCCGGUGCGGCGGCCGGCCGCGCCGCGUCGUGGCGCUGGACCUGGCCGGGCAGGGCCUCUCGGGGCAGAUCGCCGCCUCGCUCGGGAACCUGUCGUCCCUCGCCGCCCUCAACCUCUCCGCCAACGGCUUCUCCGGCCCGAUACCCCCUCACCUCGGCCGCCUCGCCGAGCUCCGGUCGCUUGACCUCAGCUACAACACGUUGCAGGGGAGCAUCCCGGGCGCGCUCACAAACUGCUCCACCUUGAGGACACUGAACCUGUCGAGGAACUUCCUCGUGGGGCGGAUCCCAGCGGAAAUCGGCAGGCUAUCCAACCUGACGUCCCUGAGCCUUCGCUUCAACAACCUCACCGGGAUCAUCCCGCCGGAGCUCUGCAACGUCACUUCCCUGGAAGAGCUCCGUCUCACGUACAACCAGCUCGGUGGUAGCAUUCCUGGAGGGAUUGGGAAGCUGACGGAGCUGAGGACGCUGUCGCUAGCAAUAAAUAGGAUUUCCGGUGGGAUCCCUGAAAGCCUCUUCAAUCUGUCUCUGCUGCAGUUGCUAAGCCUGACAGGCAAUAGGUUAGAUGGCCAGUUGCCUCCUGCAAUCGGCAACGCCUUCCCUAACCUCCAAUUUCUUGAUCUGGCUACCAACAUGCUUGAGGGUUCUGUCCCGGCAUCACUAGGCAACCUUUCCUCGAUCCAAGAGAUGGAUUUAGAGAAAAAUCGAUUUAGAGGGAAAAUCCGAGUUCCAUUUGGCAUGCUCCCUGGCCUCGUUCGGAUGGACCUGGAGCUAAACAAUCUUGAAGCAAAGGACAGAGCAGAUUGGCAGUUCUUCAGUGCACUCGGAAACUGCAGCCGUCUGCAAAUGCUCGGGCUCUACGGGAACCAGCUGCAGGGAGUCGUGCCAAGUUACAUCGGUAACCUUUCGUCCUCUCUUCGGUACAUAUCUAUGGGUGGUGAUUACAAUUUAUCAGGCGUUCUCCCCUCGAGCAUAGGGAACCUUCGUAACUUGAACUGGAUUGCAUUUGGCCACACCAGUGUAGCAGGCACAAUCGGAGAGUGGAUUGGGAGGCUGGAAAACUUGCAAGGUUUAUAUGUUCCAAUGAACAAUUUCGUGGGUCCUAUUCCAUCAUCUAUAGGAAAUCUUACCAAGUUGGCAGCUAUCAACAUGUACGGCAAUGGUUUCACAGGUCCCAUACCGUCCACCAUAGGCGACCUUCCGCAGCUAUCGGUUUUGAGUCUUGGUCACAACAAUUUCCACGGCACUAUACCCAAGGAGAUCCUUAGAACAGCCACAUUAACCAAGUGCUUGAUAUACGACAAUAAUUUGGAAGGCCCGAUUCCUGACUUUGGUAAUCUCCAGCAGCUCACGUGGCUAGACCUUUCAUCCAACAAGCUUUCAGGGGAGAUACCUGCAUCUCUAGGCACAUGUCAACAGUUGCAAAACAUUCAGAUGGGCCAGAACUUCCUCUCAGGAAGCAUCCCAGUGUCUUUGGGAAAUCUUAUAAACUUGGCAAUGCUCAAUCUUUCCCGAAACAAUUUGUCAGGCACCAUUCCAACUUCUCUAAGCGAUCUUCAACUUCUGUCCCAGUUGGAUCUAUCUAACAAUCAUCUAGAAGGAGAGAUACCAAGAACAGGGGCAUUCAGGAAUGUUACAGGCAUUUCACUCCAAGGCAACUGGGGCCUAUGUGGAGGAGUAGCGGAGCUACACAUGCCUUUAUGCCCGGUUGUUCCUCAAGAAACAAGACGAAGCAAAACGUUGGUUAAAAUUUUGGUCCCCGUACUUGGUUCUCUGGUGCUUAUGUUAUUGGUAUAUUUGAAAUUAAUCAGAAAGAGGACGUCGAGAAUUCAGCUAUCACUGUCAGGCGAGCAAUUUCCUAGAGUUACUUAUAAAGCUCUAGUACAGGCCACAGAUAAUUUUGCAGAGUUCAACUUGAUUGGGAGAGGAAGCUCUGGUUCGGUAUACAGAGGAAGGUUAACCCAACCAAACAAGCUUGUGGCUGUAAAGGUUUUUCACCUUGACAUGCAAGACGCGGAUAGAAGUUACAUGGCAGAAUGCAAAACUUUGAGAAAUAUUCGGCACAGGAAUCUCCUGCCGAUUUUUACAGCAUGCUCUACAAUUGAUAAUAGGGGAAACGAUUUCAAAGCUCUAGUUUAUGAGUACAUGACCAACGGCAACUUGGAUACUUGGCUGCACCCAGCAGGCGACAGACAUGUUCUAAAUCAACUGGGCCUAACUCAAAGGAUUGACAUAGUUGUUGACAUAGCUGAUGCGUUGCAAUAUCUACACCAUGACUGUCAGAGUCCUAUUAUCCAUUGUGAUUUGAAGCCCAGCAAUAUCCUUCUGGACGAAGAUAUGAUUGCUCAUUUGGGAGACUUCGGCGUCGCGAGGUUCUACCUUAGAUCCAUGUUGGCAUCAGGAGAAGAUCUGGGCUCGAUAGGUUCAGUCGGUUUGAAGGGAACCAUAGGCUACAUAGCUCCAGAGUACGCUAGAGGGAGCAAUGUUUCGACUUCUGGAGAUGUGUACAGUUUCGGAGUAGUACUAAUGGAGAUACUGACAGGAAAAAGGCCAACUGACCCAAUGUUCUGCAAUGGACACACCAUCGUUGAUUUCGUCAAGAAGAGUUAUCAACAUGAGGCACUUCAUAUCCUUGACGCUUGUCUCCAAGAAGAAUGCCACGAGUUCGCCCGAUCAAACAUGGAAGAAGAAGAAGAUGACAGCGUCUACCAGUGCUUGCUGUCCCUGAUACAAGUGGCACUUUGUUGCACGUGCCAAAUCCCUAGUGAACGGAGGAACAUGAGAGAAACGACUGCGAAAUUGCACGCGAUCAAAAUGUCGUACAGGUCUUUGGAGGGGAAGCUAAGCACCCUUCAUCAGUAGUACGACGUACCAUAUACCAGAUGAUACUUGUUGCUUGUACUUAAUCCAAAGGCAUAAAAAACGAAAUGAUCUUCUGUA